GGAGCGGGCUUUGUGAAGAUGGCGGUGUCGGGGGUGCUGGAAUCAGACCUGCCAUGUGCCGUGACACUUUUGAAAAAUCUCCAGGAGCAGGUGAUGUCUGUAACUGCACAAGUGCAGUCACUAACAAAAAAAGUUCAGGCUGGAGCCUAUCCUACAGAGAAGGGUCUCAGCUUCUUAGAAGUGAAAGACCAGCUGCUGCUCAUGUACCUUAUGGAUUUGAGCUACCUCAUCAUGGAUAAAGCCUCAGGAGGGUCUCUCCAGGGACAUGCUGCAGUUUUGAGACUGGUGGAGAUUCGCACGGUUUUGGAAAAGCUUCGUCCCUUGGACCAAAAACUGAAGUAUCAAAUUGACAAACUGGUCAAGACUGCAGUGACAGGAAGCCUUAGUGAGAAUGACCCACUUCGCUUUAAGCCUCAUCCCAGCAAUAUGAUGAGCAAGUUGAACUCUGAGGAUGAGGAAGAAGAUGAAGCAGAGGAUGGUCAGUCUGAGGUUUCAGGGAAGAAAUCUGUUAAAGGAGUAUCAAAGAAGUAUGUUCCACCACGUUUGGUUCCAGUACAUUAUGAUGAAACAGAAGCUGAACGGGAGAAGAAGCGUCUGGAGCAAGCCAAGAGACGGGCAUUGAGCAGCUCUGUCAUUCGUGAACUUAAGGAGCAGUACUCAGAUGCUCCAGAGGAAAUCCGUGAUGCUCGGCAUCCUCAUAUUACUCGCCAGAGUCAGGAGGACCAACACAGGAUUAACUAUGAAGAAAGUAUGAUGGUGCGUUUGAGUGUCAGUAAGCGAGAGAAAGGACGGCGAAAGCGAGCAAAUGUCAUGAGUUCACAGCUUCAUUCCCUUACACACUUCAGUGACAUCAGUGCUUUGACAGGAGGAACUGCUCUUCUUGAUGAGGACCAGAAUCCUAUUAAGAAGAGGAAGAAGAUACUUAAGAAAGGUCAUAAGAAAAAAGGUUUUCGGAGGCGGCGGUGAUUAUGGGUGCACAUAGUUAUAUAUAUUUUUUUGUCAUCAUGGGAUACUUCUAACUUCAUUGUGUAUAGAUUUUUUCCCCCUUGGAAUUCAUUGAUUGUUUGCUUACUAAUAAAAUUAAUUUAACUUACAAAUUAAAGCCCCUUUUGCACAUGUA